CUCUGGGUUAGAAAUGUGAAAACAGAUCAGACUGGGCGGCCAUUGAGGUAUCACUCAGGCCCCCGCUGCUCCUGCCGUCAGCUUGCCAUGCUUAAUACGGUGUAUCCGGGUCUGAUCCUUACUGUGUGCAUCUGCCGGGCCCUCUGUGCAGGAGGUGCAUUAGAACAUAAUCGCUUUCAUUAUGAUGACAGCACUCUGCGAAUGGGAGGACUGAUCUUUGCAGGCGUGAUGCUGACCAUAGGACUCAUUGUACUAAUCAUUGACAUUAAGGGCCUGAAAUGUUAUAGAAAAGCUUCGAAAGAGGACAGAAAAUAGGAGAAGAGUGAAGAAGAUGAAGAAGAACAUUUCAUUCUGAGUGAUGUUUCAGAUUUACCUGGUGCUUGGGGCUCCCCCCCCAGCCAUCCCACCUGCAUUCAACCACAGUCAGCUCGUUCGGAAUCUCUUUUAUGUUUCUAUUCUAUGAAAGAACAUUGAAGGAGCUCAUAAGUUACAACACUGGGAGAAGGAAAAACAGAGUUACAUAGUUACAUAGGGUUGAAAAAAGACCAGUGUCCAUCAAGUUCAACCCAUCCAAGUAAACCCAGCACACCUAACCCACACCUACCAAUCUAUACACUCACACCAGGAGUUACACCAGGAGUAUUCCGGAAGCCAAGGCGACACGCCGUGGCACAACAUCUCCAAGCAACCCGGCACAAGUGCAGAGUCCAGCUUUACAACCCCCCCCCCCAUUUUAUUGUCCUAACUGUAAUUAAAUUCAACCCCCAUUUUGCAAAUUUUAAUUGGUCUGUAGUAAAAAAAAAAAAAAAAAUCUGAAAAGUA